ACUCAGAGGUUUUGAUAUUUAUAUUUUGUCGAAUUUUUUGUCAAAUAAAAUCCAAAGAAACUUAAUCAGGAUGAGCCGUGGCCAGCAAAACGAUGAGGAUACCAAUGCGGUGCUGUUCGAUGCCCGAAACGAGUACUACAUUGGCAACUUUAUGGGAUCCAUCAACUUUGUGCUGCCAGAGCAAGGAACGGCUGGAGCCGAGCUGCUGUCCUACAUGUACCUGUCGUACCUGGCCAUUGACUCCGGACGCAUCAUUGCCUCGGACAUCAAGGAAGGCAGCUCGACACCGCUGCAGGCUUUGCGUCUUGUCCACGAGGCCUUCGAGCAGCCGUCACGGUGCGAGGAAGUGCUGGAAAAGCUGACCGACAAGGUGGCCGGCGAAGAGGAUGAGACCAAUCUCUGGCACAUUGCCACCGCCAUUGUGUACUGCUACGACGGGCAGUUCGAGAACGCUCUGAAAAUCCUGCACGGCUCCACCAAUCUCGAGUCGAUGGCUCUCUCUGUGCAAUGCCUGCUGCGCCUGCAGCGUGUCGAUCUGGCCAAGCAGCUGGUGGCCAAAAUGCAGGAGAUCAGCGACGAUGCCACACUUACACAGCUGGCGCAGGCCUGGGUGGCUCUGGCACAGGGCACGGAGCAGAUGCAAGACGCAUUCCACAUCUACCAAGAGUUCUGCGAGAAGUUCAAGCCGACGCCGGCACUGCUGAAUGGUCAGGCGGUGGUCCACCUGGGACUGGAGCGCUACGAAGAAGCCGACGCCGUGCUGCGAGAGUCGCUCAUAAAGAAGCACAACGACUACGACACGCUGAUAAAUCUCAUGGUAUUGUCACAUUUGACGGGCAAGCCCACGGAGAACAUAACGCGCUAUCUGGAGCAGCUGCGUCAGUUCUACCCAAAGAGCGACUUCAUCACCGAUCUGGACAAGAAGUCCACAGAGUUCGAUCGCCUCUGCCUGCAGUAUGAUCUGGGUGGUGGCGAGGAGAAGCUCUUGGCCAUAUAAUACGUCUCCAAUUCCAUGUUUAUAUCAAUACUUUCUAUGUAUAUUC